AUGGUCUUGACGCUGCUCUUCUCCGCCUACAAACUCUGCCGCUUCUUCACCAUGUCAGGCCCGGAGCGGCUGUCAGUGCCCGGCCCCCGGAGCACAGGAAGCAGCUGGUGGGCAGUGGGUGGUGGGAUUACCCGGGAGGUGUCGCCGGGGACCAACGUAGAGGUGCAGGGGGCUCUGGAGCGGGUCCUGCCCGAACUGCAACUGGCGCUGUCGGGGCUCAAGCAGGCAGGCAGCCCGGAGGCGGUGGACACCGGCCUGUCCGAAGUGUUCCAGCUGGUGGAGGAGGCGUGGGUCAUCCCCACUGUGGGACGUGAGGUGGCCAAGGGGCUGUGUGAGGCCAUCCGCCUGGAGGGUGGCCUCGACCUUCUGCUACAGCUGCUGCAGGCAUCCGAGCUGGACACCCGAGUCCUGGCGGCUCAGCUCCUGGAGCAGAUUCUGGUGGCUGAAAAUAGGGACCGGGUGGCCCGCAUCGGGCUGGGUGUCAUCCUGAACCUGGCCAAGGAGCGCGAGCCCCUGGAGCUGGCGCGCAGCACCGCGGGCAUUUUGGAGCACAUGUUCAAGCACUCGGAGGAGACCUGCCAGCGGUUGAUAGCAGCCGGCGGCCUGGACGCGGUACUCUUCUGGUGCCGCCGCACAGACUCGGCCCUCCUGCGCCACUGCGCCCUUGCGCUGGCCAACUGCGCCCUGCACGGAGGCCAGGCAGCCCAGAGGCGCAUGGUGGAAAAGCGUGCGGCCGAGUGGCUCUUCCCAUUGGCCUUCUCCAAGGAGGACGAGCUGCUCCAGCUUCACGCCUGCCUGGCCGUGGCCGUGCUGGCCACCAACAAGGAAAUCGAGCGCGAGGUGGAGCGUUCCGGCACCCUGGCCCUCGUGGAACCCCUCGUGGCUUCCCUGGACCCCGGACGCUUCGCCCGCUGCCUGGUGGACGCCAGUGACACGAGCCAGGGUCGGGCGGCCGAUGACCUGCAGCGCCUCGUGCCCCUGCUGGACUCCUCACGCCUGGAGGCUCAGUGCAUAGGGGCCUUCUACCUCUGUGCUGAGGCGGCCAUAAAGAGUCUCCAGGGCAAGAGUAAGGUGUUUAGCGAGAUUGGAGCCACACAGAGCCUGAAGCGUCUGGUUUCCUAUUCUACCAAUGGCACCACAUCAGCACUGGCCAAGCGGACACUGCGCCUGGUGGGUGAGGAAGUCCCACGGCGUAUCCUGCCUUGUGUACCUAGCUGGAAGGAGGUCGAGGUACAGACUUGGCUACAGCAGAUUGGCUUCUCCAAGUACUGUGAGCGCUUCUGGGACCAUCAGAUAGAUGGAGAUCUGUUGCUGCGUCUGACAGAAGAAGAGCUUCGAGAUGACCUGGGAAUGAAAUCUGCUAUCACCCGCAAGAGGUUCUCUCGGGAGCUCACAGAACUGAAGACCUUUGCGAACUACUCGACAUGUGAUCGCAGCAACCUUGCAGACUGGCUGGGAAGUCUGGACCCCCGAUUCCGCCAGUAUACCUACGGGCUGGUGAGCUGCGGUGUGGAUCGCACACUGCUGCAUCGGGUCUCUGAGCAGCAGCUCCAGGAGGACUGCGGCAUCCACAUCGGUUUCCACCGGGUUCGAAUCCUCACUGCUGCCCGUGAGAUGCUGCACUCACCCCUGCCUUGCAGUGGCUGCAAGUCCAGCUUCGAGAACCCCGAUGUCUUUAUCAGCUACCGCCGAAGCUCAGGCUCCCAGCUUGCCAGUCUCCUGAAGGUACACCUGCAGCUACAUGGCUUCAGUGUCUUCAUUGACGUGGAAAAGCUGGAGGCUGGCAAGUUUGAGGACAAGCUGAUCCAGAGCGUCAUGGGAGCCCGGAACUUUGUGCUGGUACUGUCCUCUGGUGCCCUGGACAAAUGUAUGCAGGAUCAUGACUGCAAGGAUUGGGUGCAUAAGGAGAUUGUGACUGCGCUGAACUGCGGGAAGAACAUAGUGCCUGUGUUGGACGGCUUCACGUGGCCUGAGCCACAGUCGCUGCCUGAGGAUAUGCAGGCUGUUCUGAAGUUUAAUGGCAUCAUGUGGUCCCACGAAUACCAAGAGGCCACCAUUGAGAAGAUCAUUCGCUUCCUGCAGGGCCGCUCAUCCCGGGAUUCCUCCGCUGGCUCUGACAACAGCCUAGAGUGUGCUGCCCCAUUGGGCCAGACCUAGACACCCCCUUCCCUCUAGCCUUGUUCCCGUUACCCCCUGCCCUCCACUAGUCCCUGGUUCUCCCAACCCCUCCCCCAUUGGAAGAGAUGG